UUAGCCAGUGCAGUCUCCUUAUAACUGCCAGACGCUCUGCUGCAAAUCUAUCUCUAUCUCUAUCUCCUUAUCACCCCUCCACUAUUUUAAGUGCUACUUCUCAGGGGGGGGAAGGAGAAGAAGAGAGAGAAUCUAACGCUACACAUUCGUCUCCAUUCUCUAAGAAAAUGAGAAGGAGCUAUCGAUUGUUAACUUGAUGCUAAUGCGAUCUUCUCAGUCACAACUUCACAGGAAAUAAUUAUAUUUGCUGAAACAAAGAAAUCAUGAAUAAAAAUAACACUUACAGAGCCAGUUUAAGGAAAUCAACCGAGCAACUUGCAAGUUCCAGCAAUGCUCCUCCUAUUAUAAUUUCUGAAACUGCAGUUCCCAUCAAACCAAAGGCUGUUAGAUUGAAACCUUCAGCUAAUCAUACUUCAGACAUAGCUUUCAGAUGUGAUGUAUCAGUACAAGCAGCUUCAUUAACAUUGGAUGAAGAAUCAGUUGGAAUUGGGAAUGAAAAAUCUGAAAGUAUCGUCUUGUAUAGACCUAUUGCUCAGCCUUUUCCAAGCUCGGCGCUGCUGAAAAAAUUUGUUAGUUCAUGCUUUGUUUAUAAUCAUGAGGACUAUGAAGAGCAUAAAUAUACAUUACAGGAUGCACACUUCCAAAGUCCGCAAGCACAUCAAGUAAGCUGCGGCCAGCCAAUCAUGAACCUUCAUCAGAGUCUGACACCAUUUUGUGCUUAUGAUAGCAAGAAAACUAAAGUGAAAUCUCAACAAACAACAAACAAUGGAGAUCAAAAUUCUUCAGACGGAUAUAAUUGGAGGAAAUAUGGUCAGAAGCAUGUAAAAGGAAUCGGAUAUCCACGAGCUUACUAUAGAUGCACACAUCCAUGUUGUUCUGUGAAGAAGAUGGUUGAGAAAUCAAAAGAUGGAGAAAUAUCUGAAAUUGUCUAUAGGGGAGAACAUAAUCAUCCCAAGCCUCAAAAAAUCAAGCAGUCUUCAGCUUUAGGAUUAAGAGAACAAGAAGCUGUAAUUGAUGGAAAUGGAAGAAAUUUCAAGAGUGAUCUAUUGGUUAAUGAUUCUCAUCUUGAAGAUAACUUUUUUGAAAAUAAGACAGAAAGUUGUGGUCUUGAAGGCAUCUUAGAUGAUAGCAUUACAUGGAAGACAAUGUACUCUGAUGAUUCAUAUCUGGUUUAUCCUACUGUUUCUCCUGGUUUUGGUGCAGAUUGUAGAGGGGAAGAAGAUUCUGAAUUUGCUGCCAUGGAUGGUUUUGAAAAGAAGAGUCCUGAAAGGAAACAUGAUGAUAAUACAAAAGAAUAUUCUAUGAAGCCACAAAAAACAUCAAUACCUAAAGUUGUGGCUUCAAUAAAUUGCAAUCAUCCAAGCGACGAUGGAUAUCAUUGGAGGAAAUAUGGACAAAAGGUUGUUAAGGGUAAUUCUUUUCCAAGAAACUAUUAUAGAUGCACCAAUCAAAACUGCAGAGCUCGCAAGUACGUGGAGAGGGCGUCAGAUGAUCCUGCUUCCUUCAUCACAACAUAUGAAGGAGAUCACAAGCAUUAAUAAAGAGGAUGGAGAUGACAUCAUUGAUUUUUACAUCAGACUCUGAUACUGCUGCUUUUUAUAAAAGUUUUAAGGCAAAGUUUAGUUGUGAUUUUUGGUUUCUCCCUGAUAUAAAUAUAAGGGCAACUGUAAUCAAUCAAAGUUAUCAAUAUAUAACGAUGAUGAUGAGGAGAAAACAUUAUUAGAGGUGAAAUAAUUCAGGAGAUUCAAUG